AUGUUAAGGCGUGACUGAGCUACUUAGUUAAUAGUAAGCUCCCUUAUUCAUAAUAGAUUGAGUAGAUACUAGAUUGAUAAAAAAAGUAGAGGGUUGCUUGCUGGAAGGACUAUUUCAGAGGGGACUAGCGUCGGGCAGUCAUGGGUGGUAAAUACGUAGUGAGCCCGUAUUCGUCCUUUGAUCUAUCUAACAAACACGCUCGUUGUUGAUGCAUGGCGGAAGCAGGGCGUGCGGCUGCUCCGUGCACAUAUUCUUUUACGCGGCGCAGCGGUUCUUAUGGAAGGCUGUUCUUAUGAUUGGCUGUCUCCGUGGGCAUCCUCUAGCAGGUUUUCGUCUGUCAGACAUCGGUAUCUAAUUAUCAAGCCUUGCUCCGAACAAAGUCGAACUGUCCGCAUUUGCUCGCUGUCUCUUUUCAGUAUCUUGAUGUGGUCCGUCCUAAGUGAUGACGAUCUAACUGUGAGUGAGUUUGUUUUUUAAAAAGUAUGCUAGUGACACUAACACGUAUGAAGAACUGCCGAGGCCAGAGGAUGGCGAUGCGCAGCGAAGUCGGCGGCGGGACUGAGUGGGGAAAGAGUCACAUGGCAGCUCCCUGGAGUGAGUUGAUUUGUUGACUCUAAAGCCGUUGAAAAAAUAGGGGAAGCUAAGUGGUGGGUGACUCUGAUUGCGCGAUCUACUUCCAGGCAUUGACUUAGUCUUCUUUCUGAUGCUGUCGGCUUCUAUUUUUUUGUGUCAUUGGUCAUUCUUUCAUCCAGUAGGUUCGUUCUCUUUUAGAUUUCGUUCCUCAUUGCACUUGGUUUAUUUUUGUCUGUGUGGUAGCACUCACUGAAAAAAGUAAGAUCUUUUCGUGGGUCUAGUACGUCUUUGCUCAUGGGCAAAAAA